CGACCUUUUUUGAUAAAAAAAUCUCCAUUUGGGUCUUUCUACCUCUACUCCCUCUCACCCCAUGCUGGCGAUCCUUUUACAAUCGGCACACUUUGCCCCUCGGCAUCGCGCUACGCAGGCGAGUACCGGACCUAGACGCGCACGAUCCGAUCUUAUGACCGGUUUCUUGGUUUCUGGCAAAGAAAAAAAAGGUACUAGGAUAAGAAGAAAAAUUAAAGCGAGCCUCGCUAGUCGCGCAUAUGCUUGCCAUGCACAUCGCAUAUCGAUCGUACACACAUACUGUAGAUACGUCAGGGGCGUUCAAUCACACACACACUCCUUCACACUUUACGGAUGCGCGCCGCGGUCCUGUCAUUCCUUGCCUUUGGGGGCCAUAUCGAUACGUUUUAUGUCUUAUUCCCGUUAUUUUGCAACAUGCUCCAUGGGUUCAUUUGUUAAAUUUAGUCGCUGGUAUCCCCGAUAUUGCAGCAAUAAGAGCAUGGAUGCAAGGGUGAGAAAAUUGAAAUCAUUUCUGAUAUUUCCCACACGAGUUUCCUCUCAACCAACGAUUCUUCAGAGUGAAGAGCCUGCUUGCAAAUGACCGUCUCGACGCGCCAGGCUCUUUUUUUUUGUCAUAUUUUCCCCCACCGCUCCCUCUCUCUGACCAACUGCCCCUCUGACCGUUUAGAAUGCAUUUUAGCGAGGAGACCAUUUGCGGACUAAUAAUUAUACAACCGAGGGUCUGACUCCAUAGUAAACUUGCGCACAG